AUGGCUGAGCCAGCAGCCUCACGGGAACUCUUGGUCAAAUUUCCACGUGGCCAUUUCGAUGUCAAGGUACAAGACAUCGACUCUAUUCCUGGGCUCCGAGCGCGGUUCCCUAGUCUUACCGAGCCUGCCACAUUCAUCACGGUACACCUUCACUACUCUCACAAUGUCGUCGUUGACGGUUACGCCAAACCCUUCUCCAACCCUGGGCACCCAUGUGAUGGAUGGUUCAAUAGGAACCUCCCCAUUGAUGAUGGCAUCACGCUUCUCGGUCUGCUAGAGGAGCGACGCUUUCACUUCGUCCUGUCCAAGAACACAGACUACUACAAUCGGUUCUGGACUGAAAGCAUGCUCCCCCCUCCAUUCAGCUACCCCUAUAAACAUCGGCUGAGCUGGGACAUUGAGGAGUACCGCAAAGAGUUUUCCGAGCAUAGAGGAGAACCAUUUGCGCGGGCGAUCACUUUCCCCAACGACGAGUCGCGUAUGGCAGCUGUCACACAAUCUGCCAUUCAGGAUGUUAUUUGGAUUGCUGAUGCCGCUGCUGAGAUCUUUGCCACCAAGCUCUCGGCCUACUUUAUCCCGUCACAGACUGACCAGAAUGGCAUGUGCUCGCGUUAUUAUGUCAUAAUCCCACUGUCCACGGAGUUCUAUGACAAGUAUGAGCAACAGUGGCUGGCAUUGACUGACUGCGAGUCCUUCAAACUGGCUUUUCACGAUCAUGAUUCUGCCAUGGCGCCCCCAAGUCUGGCAGAAGAGGAAGACUGGAAGAAGAUGGCGCUUAGCACCUGGGAUGCCAAGAUUGAGCAGUGUCCACAGCACGUCGCUGUCAUGGCUCAUCACCCAGUCGAAGAGAAUGAUCUUGUACUUUUCGUCAGUCGCGGAGCUCUUGGGUUAAAGGUUCCCACAUUCCAAGACCGCUUUGCUGCCAACACUGCUCUUCGGGGUGAUAAAAGAAGCUGGGCCUGUGUGUCUUUUCUGUUUGAUACAGGUCUCAAGGAGUGUGAGCGCAAAGUGAAUGCCGCUUUUCAGUAUCACGAAGGAGCCGACCCGAGCAACAUCAUUCCCUCGCCUUCCAACGACACUUCAUUGAUGAUGGCGUUCCACCGUGCUCUCCAGCGUGGAACUGGCUUCUACGACAUUCUCAGGGCAUCGCGCUCAUCCAACCCUGCCAACUCUCUUGUAGAGUCGAUGGAACAUUCAGUCAUCAGUGACAGUGGUAGUACCAGGCAGCAACUCCCCAAUGUCAGCUUUCUCGGUUCCGGCGACCCUGCUUACAUUGAUGCUCUGCUCGAGGAUGUCCUACCGAAAGACCGAGCUCGCUUCCGUGGCUACUUUGGCAAUCGUCCACUAGGUCUAUCUCUUGUUACUGCCGGUCCAGGUUUUGGCAAGACCACUGUAAUCGCAGUGGCGACGUUAUCCAUGGUUGCAUCGAUCGGUCCUGUCUACGCCAGCGCGCCUACAAACGUGGCCGUAGACAACUUUGCCUCCCGCCUCAGCGCAGUUGAUCGAAAGGCUGUUGAGAGAUGCACGAAGGGCAAAUCUGAGGACCCCGAAAGGAUACGCCGCCGGCUGAUCGUCCGAGGCUACACCGUCCUUGAAGAAGUCCAAGCCUUUCGAAAGCUUCUUCAAAGCCCCGCCGAUGCUGACGAGGCCGCACCCAAGAGGCACUGGAAGCCCCAGUCAAGAUGGAAGCUACACCUCUCUGCAUCAUACUGGCUCUUGAUGAUACUGCGCUCGCCUGCUGUCCGCGCCCUCGAGCCCGAAGAUGCAAAGAUCCUUUGGAGUGCCCAGGAACUCUACGAUGCGCAGCCAGAUUUGCAGAAACUUCGUGAGCUGGCAACUGGGCGUAUCGAAUGGAAGGAGUUCGAGGGCAACAUGGCUGGUGAGCCUAAGCAAAUCCAGAAGAUGCUGGAGACCAUCAUCGCGGUAGCCGAUAUUGUUUGCACCACUCCUGCCCAGUCUGAGAGAGUGCCCGCCUACAAGAAGUGGAAGAAGAACACAGCCCGGGCCAUCGCUGUGGACGAGGCCGCCAACAUGACCAUACCCGACCUGGAUUGCGUCUGGGGCAAUACGAUGCUGCCAUGCCUUCUCGUUGGGGACGAGAAGCAGCUUGAGCCGACUUUGAUGACACGACUACAGAAAGACCCAAAGACUGGCAACCUAUACAACAGACAUGUUAGCGAUGGCUCCGUAUCUCCCCUGGCGUUCUUCAAGUCGACAGGCUGGCCAGUUUACCGCAUGCUCACCCAGUUCCGCAUGGCAAGAGGCCUCUUUGACAUCUGCCACCGCGAGCUAUACUCUGACGUCCCAUUCGAGUAUGACGCAGGCUGCAACAUCGACCUCCCACAGCAUGCAAUCGGUGUCACGUUGGAGAACUUUGCCCGCCAGAGGUUCCCAGAGCUGUCCCCGCCCCCAGCUGGCCAGCUGGCCCCCAUCUUCGUCCACUGCGAGGGCACGGUGUGCUUCAAAGAUCGAUACAGCAUGUCCCUCAUCAACUAUGGCCAGGUGGACAUCGCCCUCGACUUCUUGGUCAGUUUCGUCAAUGAAACCAAGACCGACCCUUCCCAGAUCGGCUUGAUCUGCCCAUACAAGGCAACGAGCGUGCUGAUCGAACGUCUGCGCAAGAAGAAGGCCGAGUAUCUCCCCCUUGCGCUAAUGGAGCCGGCUGCCACCGUCGACUCAUACCAGGGUCGCGAGAAGAGCAUCAUCGUCGUGGUGAUGAGUACCACAGAAGCCAGAGGAUCUGGCUUCACGGCAAAUAGAAACCGACUCAACGUAUUGCUCUCCCGUCACAAGAGCGGUCUCGUUAUCUUCGGAGACAUCAACGUCGUGGAGCCAUUGAUUAGUGCCAAAAGCGAGGGAGAAGAGGGAAAGAGCAAGGGCAAGGGAAAGGGCAAGAAGGUGAAGGGGAAGGCUGUUGUCACCCGCGGGUAUGGCAACAAAGGAGUUUGGUUCAAGGCUGGCAUGCUGAAGAGUGUCCACGCCAAUCUUGUUAAAGAGGGCAGGGUGGCUACAGUGGUUUGGAAGAAAAGAAUAGUUUAA